AUGAAGUUGACCGUGCAUCAACUCGUGAACGAAUUUCAAAGCCGUGAGUUCCCCAUUACCUUAGUUUCUGCUGAUAACAGACGUAAAGAACAAAACAUGGUGAAACAAACGAUAGAGGCUGAGGAUUUUCCUGGUGGAGGCGGAUCCAAGUACGAAACAAGUAUCACGAAGGAGUUUGCAAUGGAUGUUUCUCGUGAUAUUAUCUUGGCUUACAUGCAAAACGAAGAACGUUUAACUCCUGAUCACGGUCUCCCGAUUUGGAUGAUCAUUCCAGGGGUUGAUCAGUGGGAGAAUGGUGAAAUGGUUGACGAGAAUUAUCGUUACAACCCAAUAAUCUGA